AUGUCCCUUACACGGGUUGAAUCAGAUGAAGAUGGACAUGUAAAGGACUGGUGCCUCCUGAACGGGCGAGCAUCGCUUCUCCCCACCACGAGCAGCGACCGCAUACAAGCAUGGACAAUGGAACGUACGACGGAGAUCACGGCUGAGCCUAAGCACGGCCCGAGUUACAUCGCAGUGGCGGAGAGCCCCUUCUGCUCUACAAACAACGAAGCGUCACAGAGCGCCGCUUUCUCCUCGAACGCGCGCGCGGCCUUAGCCUCGGCGAGGGUGAAGCUAGACGAAGAAGAGCCAGCAGACAUAGGAGUCACUAUCGUGCCAGACGCUCCAGUUUUCUCUGCGCAAUGGUUCGUCAAUGACAUCCAGUACAAGCAGGCUGUGGAACGAGAGGAUGCGCAGAAGAGUCCGACCGAAGAUGCAGCGAUGAAUGUCGGCCGAGAAGAUGAAUCACAUAGGGUUUCACUCGAGGGACUUUGUUACAGUGAAUUCAAGUUCGCGUGCGAGAAAGAAGACAAGCAAGGGCAGGCAAGGGCAGAAUUCAAUAGCUAUCCAUCCAAUAUGAUAACUUGGACGGGGGUCUUCUGA